ACAAUUAAUAUCGCUGUCUUGCUGUCGUUAAAAUGAUUAAAACAUUUUUAUUCUCCUAAAUUCGCUUUUAUUAAUAUUAUUUCUUUGCAGAAAUCCAGUAUCAUCAAUUUGUGAGAUCUGAGCAUUGCCGCUGAAAAUCUCAUCUGCUUACAUUUGAUUAAUCAUUUAAUUUGUAACAUUCAUUUAAAGUAGGCUGUUGUUCAAGACUGCCUUCAGGUUAUUAUGUUACUCAACAAAACCAGGUUGGUUGGAUUUACAAAUCAUUCCCGCAAUAGCAAUAUGGAGAGCAAUUCCACGUCGGACAUUGUUAUUUUAAGCGGUAAUUCGCAUCCUGAAUUAGCUGAUCUGAUCGCAGACCGCCUUGGCGUACGUAAAGGAGGAUGUUCAGUAUACCAUAAAACUAACAGAGAGACUAUGGUGGAAAUUGCAGAUUCUAUUAGAGGCAAAAAUAUUUACAUUGUCCAAACUGGUACUAAGGAUGUAAACAACAAUAUAAUGGAACUAUUAAUCAUGGCUUAUGCAUGCAAAACAUCAUCGGCUCGAUCCAUUGUUGGGGUUAUUCCAUACUUACCAUACAGCAAACAGUGCAAAAUGAGGAAACGCGGGUGCAUUGUUACAAAACUUUUGGCACAGAUGAUGUGCAAAUCUGGCUUAACUCACAUCAUCACUAUGGAUCUCCAUCAAAAGGAAAUACAGGGAUUUUAUGAUUGUCCAGUUGACAACUUGAGGGCUUCACCAUUUUUAUUGCAGUACAUUCAAGAAAGUAUACCUGAUUACCGUAAUUCAGUGAUAGUGGCUCGUAACCCAGGCUCUGCUAAGAAGGCUACAUCAUACGCUGAGCGAUUGCGUCUUGGGAUUGCCGUAAUUCACGGAGAACAGAAAGAAGCAGAAAGUGAUGAAGUUGAUGGGCGGUAUUCGCCACCUUGCAUUCCAAGUGUUGACAGGUCCCGCACAAUGGAUGUGUCAGUAGGUGUGCCAGUACAUCCUGCUAAGGAGAAGCCACCUAUCAAUGUUGUUGGAGAUGUAGGAGGAAGGAUCGCUAUUAUGGUGGAUGAUAUGAUUGACGAUGUUCAGUCUUUUGUCGCUGCGGCAGAAGUUUUAAAGGAAUGUGGCGCUUACAAAAUAUAUGUGCUGGCAACACACGGCCUUCUGUCAUCUGAUGCUCCGCGUCUCAUUGAAGAUUCGCCGAUAGACGAAGUUGUGGUGACCAACACUGUACCACAUGAGCUCCAGAAAAUGCAGUGCAACAAAAUCAAAACAAUCGACAUUUCUGUACUGCUCAGUGAAGCGAUCAGACGCAUUCAUAACAAAGAAUCUAUGUCUUAUCUGUUCAAAAACGUCACACUUGAAGAUUAAUUUCGAUGUUUAGGUUUUAUUUUUAAAGUAUUCAGUAAUCCAUUUUAUUGUGUGCAAAUUGUAAUAUAAGAAAGUUAGUAUUUUUGAAAGGAUAUUUUAUAGGAUAACAAAAAAAUGAAUCCGAAUAUUUAGUUUUCGACUCCAUUCUCAUGCAUGUUAGUUUUUAUUUAUUAAUUUAUAAGUAUGAUUACUUCCAUAAUUAAAGUUAAGAUUUGACAUUAAAAUUUUGUUACUGUGAACUUUGAUUAACAUGACUUGUAUUGCACAUAUUUUUUUCUCUGUAUUUGUCCACGUGAGUAAAAGGGAUGGUAAUAUGUGUCAAUUUUGUCAGUCAAAAUCCACAGUAAGACAUUAUCCAAUUUACCCUAGUUUUUUUAAAUUGUAUAACACUCAUAUAGGUCUAAUUGUAUGUUAAUUUCCCUGGUUGCUUGUUUAAAAUCCAUAAAUAUCUCUAGAUCUAAAUGCAAAUUCACAUUGUUACUAUAAUGUAAAAGUGUUUAAUGAUAGUUAUGAAUAUUUUCCAAAGCUUUUGUGAAUAACGAGUGUGUAAUAUAUCCUUAAAUGGCUAUUUUAUAGAUAGAUAAAUAAAAACUAGAAAUUAA